AUGGCUGUUGCUUUUACAUCAUUUUAUUUUUUGUUGUGUUCCUGCCUGGCUCUGAUUUCGCUGGCCAGGGCUGAAGAUACUGACCAGUUCAUCUACAAUGGCUUCGUUGGUGCUAAUUUGCACCUUGAUGGGAAUGCCAAAAUCCGCCACAAUGGUAUACUGCAGCUCACCAAUACUUCAAAACAACUUGCUGCCCAUGCUUUCUACCCAUCUCCAAUAAAAUUCAACACUUCUUCCCCAAGUACAGUUCGAUCUCUUUCCUUCUCCACGAAUUUUGUCAUUGCCAUGGUUCCUGAAUGGAAAGAUACUAGUGGCCAUGGCAUUGUCUUUGUCAUCUCCCCAUCUAUGGAUUUCAGCCAUGCUGUUGAAAGCCAAUAUCUAGGACUCUUUAAUACUACAAACAACGGCAAUUCUUCAAAUCACAUCUUUGCAGUUGAGUUUGAUACUAUCCUCAGUCCUGAAUUUGAGGAUAGAAAUGAUAAUCAUGUAGGAAUUGAUGUUAAUGGCUUGAAGUCCAUCCAAUCCGAGCCAGCAGCAUAUUUUUCCAAUGAAGAAAGGAAGAAUAGAAGCUUGAAGCUCAUCAGUGGACAUCCAAUACAGGUUUGGGUGGACUACAAUGAUGGAGAAAAACUACUCAAUGUCACAUUGGCACCAAUGAGAAGCCCAAAACCAGACCAGCCUCUGCUGUCAACAUCAGUCGAUCUCUCUGAUAUUCUACUAGACACUAUGUAUGUUGGUUUCUCUGCAGCAACAGGUUCAAUUGCAAGUAACCAUUAUAUUCUGGGAUGGAGCUUCAACAGAAGUGGACAAGCACGAAGCCUUGAGAUAUCAGAGCUUCCAAAACUUCCCAAAGUUGGCAGAAGAAUAAAACCGGAUCGAUUGAUUUUGAUCAUAGCAGCAGGGCUUUUGCUGGUAAUAAUCACUGGAGCAACAUAUUUUUACAGGAGGAAGAAAUAUGAAGAAGUAUAUGAAGACUGGGAACAGGAGUAUGGACCUCAAAGGUUCUCCUACAAGACUCUCUACAAAGCAACCCAAGGUUUUAGAGACAAACAGCUUGUUGGAGCCGGAGGUUUCGGGAAGGUAUAUAAAGGUACACUUCCUUCUUCCAAUGAACAAAUUGCGGUCAAGAAAGUAUCCCAUGAAUCAAAUCAAGGGAUGAAGGAAUUUGUCUCUGAGAUUGUUAGCAUGGGAAGGCUAAAGCAUAAGAACUUGGUGCCGCUUCUUGGCUAUUGCAGGCGAAAGAAAGAACUCCUUUUGGUCUAUGAUUAUAUGCCAAAUGGAAGCCUUGACCAAUUCCUCUUCGACGAUGACCAUCCAAACCUUAAUUGGCCUCAAAGAUUUCAAAUCAUCAGAGGGGUGGCAUCUGCUCUUCGUUAUCUCCAUGAAGAAUGGGAACAAGUUGUUCUGCACAGAGAUAUCAAAGCUGGCAAUGUUCUUUUAGAUUCCAAUCUAAAUGGACGGCUAGGAGAUUUUGGCCUUGCCAGAUUUUAUGAUCAUGAUGCUGGUCCACAAACCACCUGCCUUGUAGGGACUUUAGGAUAUCUGGAUCCCGAAAUUACCAGAACAGGGAAGGCUACUAAAAGUUCUGAUGUGUUUGCUUUCGGGGCUUUUCUGCUUGAGGUGGCUUGCGGGAGGAAACCUAUAGAUCCUCACCUACCCCCUGAAGAGAUUUUUCUAGUUGAGUUGGUCAAUAGGUGCUGGAAAAGAGGUAUUAUUCUUGAUGCUAGUGAUCCUAGAUUACAAGGUAAUUAUGUGGUGGAGGAGAUGGUGAAAGUUUUGAAACUAGGCUUGCUUUGUUCGGACCCCAGGCCCGAUAGAAGACCUACCAUCAAGGAAGUGGUGCAGUAUCUUGAUGGCAAUGCCAGUUUGCCUGAUAUACCACUGGACCGUGCCGAAAAUAAACCAUCUUCUAUUCUUGAAACUCUCCCACUUGACAGUACUGAAACUAACCUAUCCGUGGCAAACAACCUGGCAUCUGAUUGUAUAAUUUCGUUUUCCUCAUCACUUGGGAGGGGUUCUCUGAAUUCCUUCUCGAGUACGGACACAGUUCUCCGUGUAGGUCGCUGA